UUAGGAGUAUGCCACGUCGGAUCAAUGCUUGUUUGGCAAACAGAGGAGGAUUUACCCGUUACUGACUUGGUUGUGAUGCUGUGGUAACUUUGCUGUUUGACCCCGGGUAUCAUUUUACCCUUAUAAUGGUCAGUCUGUGCCUUACUUAGUCUAACGAUCAUUUGGAAUAAAUCGAUGAAUGUGAACUUCAUUUCAUUUUGUCAUUUGUUUCUUCGUCAGUUUCAUUAGGUGACUUUAAUAACACUUAAAAAUCAAAUAUCCCCUACUUUUUUUGAAUAGUAUAUGUGAAUUAUACAUUAUACUCGGAAAUAAUAGUGAACAUUGCUGUGGCGAAUACAUUAAACUCACUCUGUACUAGUUAUAUUGUAGUGAUCUGUUGAAUUACAGUACUUUAGAAAUCCAUGUAGUAGUGAAUUAUAAUGAAUCAAAUCAAUCAUAUUGAAAGAGUGGAAUUAUAAUUAACCAUUAAAUACUGUAUGUAGCAGUGACCUGUAUUUUAUGCUUCCAUGUCAUAGAAGAAUACCACUGAAAUAAAGACUGGUGUCCGUACGCUAUAAACUAUCUCGUAUCAAAAUGGCUGAAAGUACAGACAAACUAAUCUGUAGUAUCUGUUUAAACGAAUUUAAACAACCAAAAUUAAUCGACUGUCAACAUGCCUUCUGUUUGACGUGUCUAGAAGAUUAUGUUAACAAGGUGUCUACAGACAAUUGCUUUCCCUGUCCAUUAUGUUGUCAUUAUGUCUCCGUUCCUGGGGGUGGCGUGGGUGAAUUCCCCGCUAAUUUAGAUAUAGCAGAGAGGCCAGUUUGUAAAAUGGAAAUUCCACCGUGUGAUGUAUGUAAAACUGGUGUCAUUUCUGAGUGCAGGUGUCAGGAUUGUCAACAACAUUUGAGUAAUUCUUGUAAAACAAUACAUGAUUCUUUAAGAGGGUGCCAAGAUCACGUGCUCGUUAAUAUGGAUGAUGCUAUUAUAGAUCCCAGCUCCGACGAAUCAGAUCUACAUUUUAAAGAUGUUUGUCCAAAUCACUACGAGAAAGAAGUCAGAUGUUAUUGUAAAGGUUGCUCAUUAGCUGUCUGUUCUGAUUGUUUUGUGACCAGCCACAGUUCACAUAUAUUCGUUGAUUUGCAUAGCGAUGAAAUCGACGCUCAAACUCGAAGGGAACUCAAAAGUUAAAAAGAAGAGUUAGGGGAUCACAUCAGUGAAUUUGAAAAAUACUGCGAAUCUGUGGAAGAAGUUAUAGCAGAUAUUAACAAUUCAGCUAAAACGUCCUGCGAAGCUGUCGAUAAACAAGUUGACAGAAUUUGUUCCGUAGCUACAGAAUUUGGUGAAGAAUUCAAGUUCAGAUUGAAACAUCCCGUACUGACGAAACCCAAAAGCUGACGAAACAUCUUGGCGAAAUAAAAAUAUUAAUUGAUGAAUUAAAAGCCAGUGUCAAAUAUUCAGUAGAUGUUUUAGACGAUAAAUCUAUUGUCCAAGUUUUAAACAGAAUACAGACAGUUGAAGAAGAAAAGGAAGAAACCCAACCGAAAAAGCUGGUUAUGCCUGAUGUAAAAUACACGUGUUUUGAAGAAGGGGUGAUCGAUGAAACCAUUUUAUUAAAACAUCUAGGAACUGUAGAGAUUCAAGAGGAGUCAACUUUUACGAGUAGUUUUAACUUGGCUGAUUUGGAACACAAUAAAAGGAGAUGUAUUUACGGUACGGAUUACCACAUCACGGGACAGGGGUGGUAUUUAGGUGUAGAAAAAAAAGUAAGCAAGUUGAAAAAUUCAACUUUAGGAGUUUGUUUGUACUGGAGAAAGACACACAACACAAACUGCACUGCACAAUUUAAGCUGACGUUGAUGAAUACAAAUAGUUCCAAAGCAGUAAUGCGUAAUACUAACCAUACUUACGCACCAACAGGAUUACCAGGUUGGGGAUUCACAUCGUUUAUAGACUGGGAGAUGCUUAAAGAUGAACAAAAUGGUUACUUGGACCAAAAUAACAACUUCAGAAUUAAAGUAACUGUUAGAGUUACAAGAGUAGAUAAAAAUAAUGAUGACGACGAUACUGAUGAUGAUGACUAGGUUGGGCACUAUCAACAGACGACUCACAUUUGAAUAACACUAGACCUAAACCAAACAAAUUACACCCGCACUACACUGGUAUUACCAAACUAAAGUGAGUUGACUCGCACAGUCGCUGUAAAUGCUGGAUAACAAUAGAUUUGGUAUCUUUUUUGAAAACAUUUCCAAAAUACCAAACAGCAGAAAUUUAUAUCAGAAUCUAGCAUAACUGCGUCGAAAAUAGAAAGAGAUAGAGAGAAAUAGGGUUUAACGUCCACGCGACACAAACUAGGUCAUUUCGGGACUAACACAUGGUUCAAUUUUAUUAUCUAAUUAGCUGAGUAAAUUAGGAUUGUUUAAAAGGAUAGGGACGUAUUUCUGGUGGGCAGAGGCUGGGGAGCCCCCCCCCCCUCUCGCCACUGUUUAGGAGCGAAUUUUAUAUACCGGUAUGUAUAGUCAAAUUUGCGCAAAAUAUACAAAUGGUAAUUUCCCUUGCAUUCGAAAAAAUAUAAACAGGUACAAGAACAUAAAAAAAUGAAAAAUCGUAUUUUGCGUUUUAAAAAUAUUAAGCACAUUCAACACAACUUUAAGCCAGUCGUUGAAUUCAGAACUCGGGUAUUCUAGUCAUCCAGAAUGCUAAAAUUUCCAUCACAUACAGUACCCACUGAAAACGUUAGUUGUGAGAUGCGGAAAUUUAAUUCAUGUACAGUUCUCACUGUAAACGUUAUCCCUUUAAUUAAUGAGUAUAAAAUUAUUAAAAAAAAAAACAACAGGCAUAAAAUACACAAAUAUCAGGAAUCGUAACUUCCACUCUGGGAAUGCUACCCUAUUUACAACAGCGUUUCUGUAAAUAGCAAAUCGUAGUCGUGUUCGUCGUAUUGCAGUAUUUUAAUUUUUGACAAUUUAUGGUUUUGAUUUAUUUUUAUUGGAAUAAUUCAUAUUUUGGCACAAACUAUGUGAUGCACUGACCUCUAAUCCUAAGGACGGAGGACCUGACAAGAAUAGCUGUCUAGUGGUUCGGAUGGGACGAAAAACCGAGGUCCCGUACACAUUGGCGUGCAAGUUAAAGAUCCCUUGACAGUUGCAAAAUUUCGAUAUAAGAGUAGGCCCCUACCCGGGCAAAAUGUUUCUCAUGGCACACUGUAUGACGUAUGCCCGUCUUCAUUAGCCAAGUUUAGGAGCAGAACAGUAAGACGUUAAACCCCAUUUCAUUUGAUUUUUUUUAAAGAGGUAAUACAUGUAAUUCAGUUAAUAACAACAGCUAAAUUCCUACAUUUGCUUCACAUCCGGAAUCUAUGAAUCGAGGUUACGGGUAAUGUUAGGUUCCCUGUAACACGAAAUCAUGAUUUUAAAGGAGCUAAAUUGCUAUUAUUUGGCACCUAGAAAUGGACUCAAAUGGG